AUGACUGACGGCGACAGGGGAACUCCGGGGAAGAAGAGGGCUGCCGGACAGAGGGGCUCCGGACAGAGGGGCUCGCGGCAGGGGGACUUACGGACAGGGGACCGACGGGCAUGGGACACGGAGCAAGGGAGGCGGGGCUACGGACAGGGGGCUACGGACAGGGGGACUACACGGACCGGGGGGGACUACGGAAACAGGGGGGCCAACGGACAGGGGGACCUACGGACACCAGGGGGGCAAUACGACAAGGAGCGGGCUACGAGGCGAGCGACAGCGGGGAAAACUAUACGGGCAUGGGGGCUACGGACAGGAGGGAACUACGGGUCAGGGGACUUACGGACAGGGGGAUCUAACGGGGGCUACACAGGGGGGCUCUUAACGGACAGGGGGAUACGGACACAGCGGGACAUACGGACAGGGGGGCCUUACGGACAGGGGGACUACGGGCUGGGGGCUACGGACAGGGGGAACUACGGGCCAGGGGGCUCACGGACAGGGGACUACCGGGCAAGGCGGGACUACGGACAGGGGGGACUACGGGAGGGAAGGGGGGCUACGGACAUGGGGGCUAUACGGAGCAGGAGGGACUACGGGCAGGGGACUACCAGGGGGACUACGGCCAGGGGGCUAACAGGAGGGGCUACAGGCAGGGGGCUACGGGACCAGGGGGGCUACGGACAGGGGGAGACUACGGGCAGGGGGACUAACGGACAGGGGGACUACGGACCAGGGGGCCAAGGACAGGGGGCACGGCACAGGGGGACUACGGGCCAAGGGGGCUACGGACAGGGGGAUACAGGGGGGCGUAACCCGCGCGAGGGGGGAUACGGGCAGGGGGACUACGGACAGGGGGACUCCGGACAGCGGGGCUCCGGACAGGACGGGGCUCCGGGCAGGGGGACUACGGACAGGGGGACUACGGGCAGGGGACUACGGGCAGGGGGCUAUCGGGCAGGGGACUACGGACAGGGGGACUGA